AUGCCUGGAGACAAUAUGAAUGAUCUGGCUGAAAAGUACCAGGGUCUUCGCAACGAUCCUAAUGCUUCACAAGAGGACAAAUACGCUGUUAUGAAGGCUCUAGGUGAUCAGCUUGGUUUACCCGGUACUCCUGCCGCUGACAUUUUGCCAAAGCUCGGUAAACCUGAUGAAUUAACACCCUCUCUUGACGGCAAUAAUUCUGCGUUCAUCCAAACGAUGCCAGGUCCCAUGAUACCCAAUCAACAACAAGCCAACACGGAAUCCAAGCAACCGCCUUACUACUUGGUGUAUUAUUUGAAACCGAAAGAGCAAUACCUUUAUUUCAAGGUGGAUUCUGAGAAGGAAACCGUGAUCACUUCUGGCUGGAAAAAAUAA